AUGCAGCCAAAGAGCAGCACAGAGGAAGCUGCGGGCUCUCCAAGUGCAGUAAGUAAUUUAAUUUACCAAUCACAGACCUUGUCAUCGUUCCCAGACAGUAAAAGGCCGAGCCUGAAGGUCCACAUCAAUACCACAAGUGACUCGAUCCUCUUAAAGUUUCUGCGUCCAAAUCCUAAUGUAAAACUGGAAGGUUUUCUCCUGGGAUAUGGCAGCAACUUAUCACCAAAUCAGUACUUCCCUCUUCCCUCGGAAGGGAAAUUCACUGAGGCUGUAGUCGAUGCAGAGCCUAAAUAUCUCAUCGUUGUGCGACCUGCUCCUCCACCAAGUCAAAAGAAGUCAUGUUCAGGCAAAACACGCUCUCGCAAACCUCUCCAGCUGGUGGUUGGCACUCUGACCCCAAGCUCCGUCUUCCUGUCCUGGGGUUUUCUCAUUAACCCACACCAUGACUGGACAUUGCCGAGUCACUGUCCCAAUGACAGAUUUUAUACAAUUCGCUAUAGAGAAAAAGAUAAGGAAAAGAAAUGGAUUUUUCAACUCUGUCCAGCCACUGAAACAAUUGUAGAAAAUCUAAAGCCCAACACAGUUUAUGAAUUCGGAGUGAAAGACAAUGUAGAAGGUGGAAUUUGGAGUAAGAUUUUCAAUCACAAGACUAUUGUUGGAAGUAUGAACAAAGUAAAUGGGAAAAUUCAAAGUACCUAUGACCAAGUAAACACAGUGCCAGCAUAUGUCCCAAGGAAGCUGAUUCCAAUAACCAUCAUCAAACAAGUGAUUCAGAAUGUUACUCACAGGGCUUCAACUAAAUCCCCAGAUAAGCAUCCCAUUGGAGGAACAAUACUGGUCCACCUUGUUAUUCCUGGUCUUAAUGAAACCACCGUGAAACUUCCUACAUCCAUAAUGUUUGAGAUUUCAGAUGCAAUCAAGACACAAUUAGCUAAGAAUGAAACCUUGGCAUUACCAGCUGAAUCUAAAACACCAAAGGUAGAAAAAAUCCCAGCACAGCCCAUAACAGUGACUCCUGACUCAGUUCCAAGAACCACUAAAUCCACUGUGUCUAGUGCGUUAGACAUUUCAGAAACAACACUGGUUCUCAGCAAAAAGACCCCGGAAGGAUUGCAAACUAUUCUAAUACCUAGGUUUGAAUUACCACUCAGCACUCUAGCUCCGAAAAGACUUCCAGAAUUUCCUCAGGCAAAAACACCCUUCCCUUUUGAGAAACCUGGGGGCACCUUGGCUUCAAGUGAAAAACCACAGACUGUGCCUAUAACUAAAACAUCUGAAGAUUCCAAAGUUCUACCGCCUCAAACUGCAACUUACGAUGUUUUCUCAAGCACUACAACAUCAGAUGAGCCUGAAAUAUCAGAGCCUCACACAGCAACAAGGGAUCCAUUUCUGGAUUCUGUCCCACCUAAAACUUCUAGAACUCUUGAACAGCCAAGGGCAACACUGGCUCCAAGUGAAACAACAUUUGUUCCUCAAAAAAUGGAAAUUAUUACCAGCCCUGAAAUGCAACUGACAACACCUGCUUCCCUGCCAACUACAUCUGUCCCUCCUACACCCAAACGACGCCUCAGGCCCAAACCACCAAGAACCAAACCCGAAAGAACCAAAAGUCCUGGAACAACUGCAUCUAAACUUUCUAAAAGCUCUGAACCUACAUGGACAACCCUGGCUCCCAGUAAAACACAAUUUAUUUCUUUGAAACCUAAAAUCCCUCUCAGCCCAGAAGUGACAUACAUCAAACCUGCCCCGGAACCUCACACUCCAACACCAUCACAGUCAACAAUAGUCAUAGAGCCUGGAACACUGGAAACCAAACUUUCAACAACAACAUUAGCUCCGCCAAAGACCAAACGACCAGGUCGUCGCCCCCGCCCUAAAACCACACGUAGUCCAGAUGUGCCCAAGUCCAAACCUGCUCUGCAACCUGCUACGGUGCAGCCGGAGCCCUUGGUGCCCACAAUCGCAUCAAAAACGUCCAAACGACCUAAAACCCCACAUAGACCAGAUGCACCUCAAAUCCAGCCCGAUUUAAAACCGCCAAAGCAGUUACUCCCUAAACCCCAAAUCACAGCAAAACCAGAUAUGCUGUCAACUAAACCUGUCUUUAAGCCUGUUACAUUUGAGGCUGAAGCUCCCUCCAUAACCUUAGUUCCUGCCACAGACAUUGAACCUGUAACUCUGAGAACUGAGGCUCCCUGGACAACAUUAGCUCCAAAAACAUCCCAACGACCAAGAACACGUCUUCCACGUCCCAAACCUUCAAAACGUCCAAAACGUCCCAAACAUAAAACCACACCGAGCCCAGAGGCCCCUCAGACCAAACUAGACAUUGAUCCUGUUACUCCUGGGACAUCUUUAGCUCCAAUAAUAACAAAGAGACCCCGUCGUCCACGUCCCAAACCUAAAACCACACCCCAUCCAGAUGAACCUCAGAUUCCACUGGUUCCUGACACAGUCUUUGAACCAGUUAUUCCUAGAAUCGAGGCUCCAGGGACGACACUAGUUUCUGUUACAGACCUUGGACCUGUUACUUUUACAACUGAGACCUCUGGAACAUUCGCUACCAAAGCAUCAAAAAGACCCCAUCGCCCGCGUCUCAGACCUAAAACCACACCGAGCCCUCAAGUACCUCAGAGCAAACCGGUUCCUGCUACAGUCUUUGAACGUGUCACUCUUAGACCAGAGGCACCAGGAACAUUAGCUUCCAAACCAUCUCAGAGGGGUCGUCCAUGUGCCAGACCAAAAACCACACCACGUCCUGAAACACCUGAGUCCAAACCAGUUUCUACUGCAGACUUUGAACCUGUUACAUUCAGAACUGAGGCUUGGGUGACAACACAAGCUCCUAAACCAUCAAAACGGACCCGUCGUCCACGUCCCAAAUCUAAAACAACAACAACUACUGAGGCACCUCAAACUAAACUGGUUCCUAUUACAGAUCUUGAGCAUGGUACUCCUAGAACUGAAGCUCCAGAAAUCAUAGCUCCCACUGAACUACAAACUCUCAUUUUGAGACCAGUGACAUCACCAAGCCUAGAAAUGACACAAAGUCAACCUGUUUCUGAAGUCCUGGAAUCUGUUACACUUAGCACUGAGUCAUCAGAGGAAGCUAUAGCCUCAGCCGAGACAGAUUAUGUAUAUCCCAGUGCUAAAUCACCACUCAGGCCAGAGGAGCCAAAGACUGACUGGGUUGUGGAAUCUAUUGCAAAUGUGUCUGAACCACCUGAGACCACAUUAGAAGCAUCAACUCUGCCUUUCCAAACUGUAAUCCUACCCAGCCCAAAUGAGCCUCAGACUGGACCGGCUCCCAAGCAGACACCGCGUGCUCCUCCCAAACCAAAAACAUCUCCACGUCCAAGAGUCCCACAAACACAGCCAGCUCCUAAGGUGUUCCAGCGUGUUACUUCAAAGCCAAAAAUGUCACCAAGGCCAGAAGUGCUGUAUACUCCACCUGUUCCAGGAGACGCGCUCCUUCCCCGUAAGCCAGACCGUGAAGUCUCCCAGAGCGAACCCGUUCUGCAGCCUGUUACCUUUAGAAUUGAUCUGCCAGAGACAACAAUAGCUCCUUUGGAGACCCGAGGCAGCCCUUUCAUUCCUAUGAUUUCACCAAGUCCCCGUCAAGAGGAACUACAAACCACUCUGGCAGAAACAGACCAGUCCACCCAAGAAGUCUUCACAACUAAGAUUCCACGAACAACUGAAUUGGCAAAGACAACUCAGGCACCACACAGAUUAUACACUACUCCUGCGAGGCCCAGAAUUCACGGCAAACCACAUAUCAGACCUGUUCUGAAUAAGACAACUACCAGACCUAGUAGACCCAGACCCAGUGGGGUGCCCAAAGAAAAUGGAAUGGGAACAGGGGUCAAGCAAGCACCAAAGCCAUCGGGUGCUGGUAGAAAUGUGUCCAUGGGCUCUACCCACUUCACAAAGAAACCAGCCACAAUUCCAGGCUCUCGCCGCCCACCCUUGCCACCUAGACCUACGCCCCCACGAAGAAAACCUUUACCACCAAAUAAUGUCACUGGAAAGCCAGGAAGUGCAGGAAUCAUUUCAUCAGGCCUAGGAACUUCCCUGCCCUUGUGGGCAACACUCAGGCCUACAGGAGCCCCCGCAGAGAGAACAGAGACAGACAAAAAGCAACCAACAGCUCCUGCCUCCGGGGAAGACCUCGGUGAUGUAACUGACUUUAGCUCAAGUCCAACAAGGGAAACUGAUCCUCUUGGGAAGCCCAGAUUCAAAGGUCCUCAUGUGCGAUACAUUCCAAAGCCUGACAACAGGCCCUGCUCCAUCACUGACUCUGUCAAACGGUUCCCCAAAGAGGAGGCCGCAGAGGGGAAUGCCACCAGCCCACCGCAGAACCCACCCUCCAACCUCACCGUGGUUACCGUGGAAGGAUGCCCUUCAUUUGUCAUCUUGGACUGGGAAAAACCUCUAAAUGACACUGUCACUGAAUAUGAAGUUAUAUCCAGAGAAAAUGGGUCAUUCAGUGGGAAGAACAAGUCCAUUCAAAUUACAAAUCAAACCUUCUCUACAGUAGAAAACCUAAAACCAGACACAAGCUAUGAAUUCCAGGUGAAACCAAAAAACCCCCUUGGAGAAGGCCCACCCAGCAACACAGUGGCAUUCAGCACUGAAUCAGCGGAUCCGAGAGUGAGCGAGCCAGUUUCUGGAGGAAGAGAUGCCAUUUGGACAGAAAGACCCUUUGAUUCAGACUCUUACUCAGAAUGUAAGGGGAAACAGUAUGUCAAAAGGACAUGGUAUAAAAAGUUUGUCGGGGUGCAACUGUGCAACUCUCUCAGAUACAAGAUUUACCUGAGCGACUCGCUCACAGGAAAAUUUUAUAACAUAGGCGAUCAGAGAGGCCAUGGAGAAGAUCACUGCCAAUUCGUGGACUCGUUUUUAGAUGGACGCACAGGACAGCAACUGACUUCUGACCAGUUACCCACAAAAGAAGGCUAUUUCAGAGCAGUUCGCCAGGAGCCUGUCCAAUUUGGAGAAAUCGGUGGUCACACCCAAAUCAAUUACGUUCAGUGGUAUGAAUGUGGGACCACAAUUCCUGGAAAAUGGUAG